AUGGCUAAGACCAAAUACGAGAUUACUGCUGAUCCAGAUACAAUAAUCAUUUUGCAAAAUCCAGAUGCCGCCUUCGCAUCUUGGAGCCUCACGGGGGGUGGUCGGGAUCAUAUGGCAUUGGCUCACGAAUCUGCUGUCGACAAUUCUGCUGUCGACAAUCCUGCUGUCGAAUAUUCUGCUGUCGACAAUCCUGUUGUCGAAUAUUCUGCUGUCGACGAGAUUACUCCUGGAGGUGCCGAACAAGAGACUGAUCUUAUUAUCGCGAAUGAAGCAAACAAAUCGAACUCGACCGAGGGAGAUGAAGUUUGGUACUAUGUCUCUCGACGUCACUUGACAGCAGUAUCACCUAAAUUUGAGCGCGUGCUCGUUGACGCCAACUGGAAAGAAGGGACUCGCGACGAGAACGAUGGUCUCUUUCAUGUGUCUGCCACAGAUUGGGACAGCGAAGCGCUGCGUUACUUUCUGCAGGUCCUGCAUCUCCGCAAUAGUCAAGUACCACGCGAAGUAUCCUUGGAGAUGCUUGCCAAGAUAGCUGUUCUGAUCGACUUCUACGAUUGCGCAGAAGCGCUGGAGCCGUUUACUGAGAGAUGGGUAGAGCAUGCACGGGUGGUCUCCCCUGUUCCUUCUGACUUCUGCCGAGAUCUCAUCCUUUGGAUGUGUAUAGCUUGGGUGUUAAAGCUUCCAAACGAGUUCUUGCAGACCACAAGGGUAGCAAUCAAAGAAAACGAUCGAGAAUUCCCAACACUUGGCCUCCCGAUCACCGCUUGCGUUGACAGGAUCGAAGAGUCACGGACGCAGGCUAUUGACACUAUCUUCUCUCAGUUGCAGAGCCUCCUCGAGGAACUCGGCAGUCCGCAAUACCAAUGCCCAAGCGGGUAUCCAUUUGAGUGUGGGUCAAUGCUGUAUGGUGCUUUGACUAAAGAGAUGGACUUGCAACAAUUGUUACCAGCACCAGUCGCACCAUACUCCGGAUUAAGUAUGGUGGAGGUGUAUAAGAGGAUUCAACGCAUUAGAUCUCCCGUAUGGUUCUUCUCAGGGCAUAGACAGAAACAAAUUCAGCAUUCUUGCGAUCUACGCGUAAAAGUAAUGGCAAUUGCUGACUCAGCCACUCGUCUUGCAAUUGGGCCUGGACUGGAGGAUUUCAAGUCUCAUUGA